GGCGGGUGCGUCGAGCUCGCCGCGGACUCAAGAUGGCGGCGUGUGGACGUGUACGGAGAAUGUUCCGCUUGUCGGCGGCGCUGCAGCUACUGCUGCUCGCGGCGGCCGGGGCCGAGAAACUCCCGGGCCAGGGAGGCCACAGCCCAGGCCAGGGCCCGGGGGCAAACCUUCUGCCCCUCGGAGGGCAGCCUGGAGGCGGCGCUCUAGGGGGUCAGCUCCAGCUGCCUCAGUCAGCUCAGUUCCAGCAGCAGCAGCAGCAGCAGCAGCAGCAGCAGCAGCAGCAACAGCAGCAGCAACAACCGCCUCAGCAGCCGCAGCCGCCUUUCCCGGCGGGUGGGUCUCCGGCCCGGCGGGGCGGAUCAGGGCCUGGCGGGGCUGGCGGGGGCUGGAAGCUGGCGGAGGAAGAGUCCUGCAGGGAGGACGUGACCCGUGUGUGUCCCAAGCAUACCUGGAGCAACAACCUGGCGGUGCUGGAGUGCUUGCAGGACGUGAGGGAGCCUGAAAAUGAAAUUUCUUCAGACUGCAAUCAUUUGUUAUGGAAUUAUAAGCUGAACCUAACUACAGAUCCCAAAUUCGAAUCUGUGGCCAGAGAGGUUUGCAAGUCUACCAUAUCAGAGAUCAAAGAGUGUGCUGAUGAACCAGUUGGAAAAGGUUACUUGGUUUCCUGCUUGGUGGAUCACCGAGGCAACAUCACUGAGUACCAGUGUCACCAAUACAUCACCAAGAUGACAGCCAUCAUUUUCAGUGAUUACCGUCUAAUCUGUGGCUUCAUGGAUGACUGUAAAAAUGACAUCAACAUUCUGAAAUGUGGGAGCAUUCGGCUUGGAGAAAAGGAUGCACAUUCACAGGGUGAGGUGGUAUCAUGCUUGGAGAAAGGCCUGGUGAAGGAAGCAGAAGAAAGAGAUCCUAAGAUUCAAGUCUCUGAACUCUGCAAGAAAGCCAUUCUCCGGGUGGCUGAGCUGUCCUCAGAUGACUUUCACUUAGACCGGCAUUUAUAUUUUGCCUGCCGAGAUGAUCGGGAACGUUUUUGUGAAAAUACACAAGCUGGUGAAGGCAGAGUAUAUAAGUGCCUCUUUAACCAUAAAUUUGAAGAAUCCAUGAGUGAAAAAUGUCGAGAAGCACUAACAACCCGCCAAAAGCUGAUUGCCCAGGAUUAUAAAGUCAGUUAUUCAUUGGCCAAAUCCUGUAAGAGUGACUUGAAGAAAUACCGGUGCAACGUGGAAAACCUUCCUCGGUCCCGGGAAGCCAGGCUCUCCUACCUUCUGAUGUGUCUGGAGUCAGCUGUGCAUAGAGGGCGGCAAGUGAGCAGUGAGUGCCAGGGCGAGAUGUUAGAUUACCGCCGCAUGUUGAUGGAAGACUUUUCUUUGAGCCCUGAGAUCAUCCUGAGCUGUCGGGGAGAGAUUGAACACCACUGUUCUGGAUUGCAUCGAAAAGGGCGAACCCUGCAUUGUCUGAUGAAAGUAGUUCGGGGGGAGAAAGGGAACCUUGGAAUGAACUGCCAGCAAGCGCUUCAAACACUGAUUCAGGAGACUGACCCUGGUGCAGAUUACCGCAUUGAUAGAGCUUUGAAUGAAGCUUGUGAAUCUGUAAUACAGACAGCCUGCAAACACAUAAGAUCCGGAGACCCAAUGAUCCUCUCGUGCCUGAUGGAACAUUUAUACACAGAAAAGAUGGUGGAAGACUGUGAACACCGUCUCUUAGAGCUGCAGUAUUUCAUCUCCCGUGAUUGGAAGCUGGACCCUGUCUUAUACCGCAAAUGCCAGGGAGAUGCAUCUCGUCUUUGCCACACCCACGGUUGGAAUGAAACCAGUGAACUUAUGCCUCCUGGAGCUGUGUUCUCCUGCUUAUACCGACAUGCCUAUCGCACUGAGGAACAGGGCAGGAGGCUCUCACGGGAAUGCCGAGCUGAAGUCCAGAGGAUCCUACACCAGCGUGCCAUGGACGUUAAGCUGGAUCCUGCCCUUCAGGAUAAGUGCCUGAUUGAUCUGGGGAAAUGGUGCAGUGAAAAAACAGAGACUGGACAGGAGCUUGAAUGCCUCCAGGAUCAUCUUGAUGACUUGGCUGUAGAGUGCAGAGAUAUAGUCGGCAACCUCACCGAGUUAGAAUCCGAGGAUAUUCAAAUAGAAGCCUUGCUGAUGAGAGCCUGCGAGCCCAUAAUUCAGAACUUUUGCCACGAUGUGGCAGAUAACCAGAUAGACUCUGGAGACUUGAUGGAGUGUCUCAUACAGAACAAACACCAGAAGGAUAUGAAUGAGAAGUGCGCUAUUGGAGUCACCCACUUCCAGCUGGUGCAGAUGAAGGAUUUUCGGUUCUCUUACAAGUUUAAAAUGGCCUGCAAGGAGGAUGUGUUGAAACUUUGUCCCAACAUAAAGAAGAAGGUGGACGUGGUGAUCUGCCUAAGCACCACCGUGCGCAACGACACUCUCCAGGAAGCCAAGGAACACAGGGUGUCCCUGAAGUGCCGCAAGCAGCUGCGGGUGGAGGAGCUGGAGAUGACAGAGGACAUCCGUCUGGAACCAGAUCUGUAUGAAGCCUGCAAGAGUGACAUCAAGAACCACUGUUCCACUGUGCAAUAUGGCAAUGCUCAGAUUAUUGAAUGUCUGAAAGAAAACAAGAAGCAGCUGAGCACCCGUUGCCACCAGAAAGUCUUUAAGCUGCAGGAGACAGAGAUGAUGGACCCAGAACUAGACUAUACACUCAUGAGAGUCUGCAAGCAGAUGAUAAAGAGAUUCUGUCCAGAAGCGGAUUCCAAAACUAUGUUGCAAUGCUUGAAGCAAAAUAAGAACAGUGAAUUGAUGGAUCCCAAAUGCAAACAGAUGAUAACCAAGCGCCAGAUCACCCAGAACACUGAUUACCGCUUAAACCCUGUGCUAAGGAAAGCCUGUAAAGCUGACAUUCCUAAAUUCUGUCAUGGUAUCCUGACUAAGGCCAAGGAUGAUUCAGAGUUAGAAGGUCAAGUCAUCUCUUGCCUCAAGUUGAGAUAUGCUGACCAGCGCCUCUCUUCAGACUGUGAAGACCAGAUCCGGAUUAUUAUCCAGGAGUCUGCUCUAGAUUACCGACUCGAUCCUCAGCUCCAGCUACACUGCUCAGAUGAGAUUGCCAGUCUAUGUGCCGAAGAAGCAGCAGCCCAGGAGCAGACAGGUCAAGUAGAGGAGUGCCUCAAAGUUAACCUGCUCAAAAUCAAAACAGAAAUGUGUAAAAAGGAAGUGUUAAACAUGCUGAAGGAGAGCAAAGCAGACAUCUUUGUGGACCCAGUUCUUCAUACAGCUUGUGCCCUGGACAUUAAACACCACUGUGCAGCCAUCACCCCUGGCCGAGGGCGUCAAAUGUCCUGCCUUAUGGAGGCCCUGGAGGAUAAGCGGGUGAGGUUACAACCUGAGUGCAAAAAACGUCUCAAUGACCGGAUUGAAAUGUGGAGUUACGCAGCAAAGGUGGCCCCAGCGGAUGGCUUCUCUGACCUCGCCAUGCAAGUGAUGACAUCCCCUUCAAAGAACUACAUUCUCUCUGUGAUCAGUGGGAGCAUCUGCAUAUUGUUCCUGAUUGGCCUGAUGUGUGGACGUAUCACCAAACGAGUGACACGAGAGCUCAAGGACAGGUAGAGCCACCUUGAGCACCAGAGGAACUACCUGUCCAGUGCCCAGUUUGUACAGCCCUCCUGUAUAGCGUACCCACUCACCUCGUCCUUCUGCGAGGGGACACCAACACCCAUGUUAGAGCAGCAGCAGGUAUCCACCGCGUUGUCCCGUCUCAGAUUUCACCCAUGUCCAUGGUAUCCUCCUCCUCGACCAUUUGUGCAGCAGCUGGCCGCUUUGGGUAUUGCCUUUGUUGGCAAACUCGGGUUUACCUGCCCAUAGACAAGUCUCUCAUACCGAUGGAACUACCAGUACUUCCAGAACCAACUCACCUGACCUGCAACUCAAAUGAUUCUUUUUUUUAAAAACACCAAAAAAAAAAAAAAAAAAAAAAAGAAAUUUUUAAAGAAAAAAAUGUAUAUAGUAACACAUCUCCUCCAGGCUUGAUUUGAGCAAUGGGGUUAUUUCUUCUGUGUGACAGUGUAAAAUGAAGGCAGGACUUUAGAGGGGAAACACACCACCCAAUAUGCUAUAACUGGGAUGUCUUGCUUACUUCUCAAAAGCACCUUUGGCCCAUGUCAGGGCCAUGGACUUCACCGAGUAGUGGGAAACGACUAACCAGCCCGCUUUGGGUCUUGUUUUCUUCUGCUGAAACAGUGAUGCCUUCCAGUUCCUACCCUAGUAGAGCCACUGCUGGUCAAGACCCCACAGCCGUGGGUGUUUGUGUGACCUCCUCACCUCAGUGAAGUGGAGCGUGAGCUUCCCCAGGCCGAGGGCAGGUGGGUUGGAGAGGGGAUCAGAAGUGUGUGCAGCUGAUCAGUCCACUGCUCUGCAUGGAGAGGCUGCACCCUGAGGCCCAAGGCAGAGUGUCCCAGUGACCUUCCUCCUCCAGGGCAGUGCAGGACUCAAGCCGCGUUCGGAUUGAUCCUGCUGGGGUGGCAUUUCCUCCAGAAGUCCUCCGCUUCACCGGGAGGCCGUGACCAUGGGGGAUGGAGCCCAGGGCGGGAAGGAGGAGCAGGGGGUUGAUUGACUUUGCUUUACGUCUCAGGCAGCAGUACAGGUCAGAGACAGUGGCUUAUAAAGAUUUAGCCUGGUCUCAGUGUGUGACUGGCAGUCCAACCUGACCUUUCUGCAGGUUCAAGGCCACCUUCCCAGACAAGCUCCUUUAGGCCUCUACAUGGAGAAGGUGUGGAAAGUUACUACAUUAAAAGAUGGAGGCGUUUCUCCGUUUUUUUCUUUCUGUCCAUUUGCUGCAUACACCCACUACAGUAGGUAUUGGCUAAAUGUUGUACUUUGAUGAUUCAUCAGUCUUUCCUGAAUCUGAGCUUUAUGGAAGCAAUAUUCCUGACCAUCCCUCAUCCCUCCAGUGUAGAGAUGACAGGCUUGGAGUAUAAAAAGGGAGGAGUGCAGGCAUCACAGUUCAACCUGGUGCACCUGGACUUGAAUUUGGGGCAUGGAAUCCAGUGGCUGCACAAGAGGGCGGCGUGUACAGUAGAAGAUAUAUUUAUAUAAUAUAUAUUUUAUUAACCUGUUAGACGUCCACAAAGUAUUAUAAAUCACGUGCCUAAAACUGUCCACAUAGACCAUGCUCCAUUCCUUGCCCUGCCCCUCUUUGCCACUGUCCACACGUGCUGAGGGACCUCCCCACAUCUGUCUUCCCUGGAAUGUGUUCAGUACAAAGUGGGUCAGUUUGUGGCUCGGUUGAUCCAAAUGACUCCCUGUCUAACCUGACUGACAUAUAUUUGAAUACUGUGGUUUUCUUCUUUUUCUUUCUUUUUCCUUUCUACUACCCUUCCUGGAGGCAGUGGGUUCUAGAAGCUGCAUAUCCCCCCUGCCUAGGGUACUCCAAGUCAUGAAGGGGAGCUUCUAAGCUGCUUGGUCCCCCAAGUCCUGCUCUUAGGGUCUUCCUGAUUCUUAGCAACUGUCCUGGGGCUCUUCAGCCUCAUAAAACUUGAAACCCUUGGAGUCCGAGCAGCACCCACUCCUACCACCACUUUUGGACUGAACUGAGCUAAUCUAGAUAGUCCACCUCCAGGGGCUCCUCCCUGGGUGGUGGGGUCUGGGAUCGAGGACCGGGGAUAUAUCUGUACACAGGCCCCCACUGACAUGUCUGAUGUGAUUUACAGGGUAGAAUGACUGUUCCCUAUUUGAUGAGAGUGGGAGUACCAUUCUCCAUCUCUUCAGUCUCCCUCCCAGUGUAUGUAAAACAUCUCCAUAGUUUAAUGUGUCUAGAUACUUGUUCUUUCUGAACUGAGAGAUGAUCUCAAUUGUCUGCAGCAGAUCUGGAAGUUUGAAAAGGAGUUUGAUUCUUGAAACAUUUGUCAUCUUUAGAAAUGAUCCGGAUAGAUAGAAGGGAUAACUCGGCUGGUAUCUUUGUUUGCUCGUUGUCAGAAAACAUUUCACCAUCCGACUUGGAAUAGUUUCAGUGACUGGUUUUUAGAAUAGUUUCAUAUGACUGAGCAGUUUCCUACAUCCAAGGGGCCCAGCACCAUCUGAAACUACAGCCCAACUAUAUCCAUUCUGUACCUCAUUGGUGUAACAAAACAAGAGGUUCUGGGGUACCUCUGGUUACUGGACUCAUAGAUCACUCUUGGGUAAAUCAGCUAGUCAAGAAUUAGUCAAGAAGAAGCCAUGUCCCUAGGGGAGCUGAUGACAGACCUGUGUCCUUUUUCUCUUCUUCUGAUGUCUAGCCCAUGAACAAUAACAUAAGCAGCAGGUAGGGUUUUUGUCCAAGGCCAAGGCUCCAAGCACUUGCUGAAGAUUACAGUAGCCAGAGAACUCAUCAGGCCUUGUCAGCUCACUCAGACCUGGUGUCUCUACAACACCCCAGAGGUGCCAGGAGGUCAGUCUCUGGGCUGGAGGCCCUGCAGUGCAGGAGAUCAGAAAUCUGAGCAGAACGUCAAGAACAAGGCUGUCUUCUCCCUGCGUUGGAGCUUCUCACACAGAAGGGUGGCUGUGGGGGUGAGAUCUUGACCCUGGAGCAUCCCUGGCCUUCCUCUGCUAUUGCUGCUGUCCUAAAAGAAGUCUGCUGGCAAGAUGCUCGAUGAGGUGGGAGCCAUCACUUGGGCUUGGCUUCACUCCAGCAGGAAAGCCCUCCUUCUUAGCGUUCCCUAAAAUUCUGGUACCACUACCAGGCCCAGUGCUGUGGGUCCCAUCAGCUUGUUCUGAGCCGGUGCAUCCUUAGAAGCGAGGGGAAUUCUAAUACGGAGUGAGUAGGUGUUGACUUGUAUUCAUUGCAAGCCUUUGACUGUCUCACGUCCUGCACGUAUUCUUCUUGGGGACGCUGGGGAAGGAGGGAGAUUCUGCUUUCCUAGGUGUGACAGGAAAUUACCAUCGGAUUUCAUUUCUUCCUGUUUCCUGAGGUCAAGUAACAAGAGAAGCCAGUAGUAAAGAAUCGUAGGAUCAUUUACGUUUUAUCAGACAGAGUGCUGACUUCCCUCCACCUUCCCAAAAGAAGAUUCACUCUCCUAUAUGAGCCUGACUUCUGCGCCACCUCCAGGCUUGUGGUACCACUUCUAUCCUAAAGAUCCCCACUAGUGUGAGUCACCCAGGGAGGGGUAGGUUGCUUUGUGGGACCUCCUUACCUGGUCUCAAGUUCCUCUGAGAAAAGGCCUCCCCAUCCCAUUUCUUCCCCUCCCCCACCAAAAAGUAAACGUUUUCCGCAUAUAACUUACUCUAAGCAAGCAGAUACAGAGAAGGAACCUGGAGUAGGAACCCUUAGAAGCCAGCCAACACAGCCUGACACAUUCAAACUAAAUUUGGGCCAUAGAACAAAAAGAAGAAUAUGGCUUUUUGAAUCAUAUGCAUUUUGGUAUGUUUACUUAUAUUUCUGAUUCUUAGGAAUUUGAAAAACCUCAAAGACUCCUUUUAUUUAUUCUCACCAUUUGGAUGGCACCUAAGUAAUUUUAUAAAAUGCAGCAUUCCAGUGCCCUGAGUUUCCCCCAGGCCUUUAGGGAUACUCCACUCCUAAGUCACCUCUUCCCCACUGGUCUUCAAUUCCCAAAGGGCCUGGGGCCAGAGCUGAUGUUCUGGUCUCUGUCUCUCUCUCUCUCACUUGUCUUUGGUUGGUCAUCUCUCCAUCUACACUCCUCUUGGUCCUCCUCUCCCCUAGGACCAGGGUCACAUGUCAGGGCAAUCAAGUUUGAAGCCGAUUCCCCCUUCCUGCCCAGACCUCAGACAAAAGAUCAGUCAUUAGCAAACCAAGACUGACUCUGCAGAGUGACAGGUUCAUCCAGGCCAUCUAGUGAGAUCACUGUGGAGACCCAGGGACUGUUGGUCAUCUGGAGCACAAAGGUGGGACUGUCUGCUUGGGCUGGUAGUGACAGGAUCCUGAUGGUGGCUUCCUCUCCUUCUCCCUUUCCAAGAUCUGCCACAACGCACAAGUAGGGGUGUUGGGAUACAUGCAGUGGAGGAAUCUCCUCGGGCAAGGAGAAAAUUCAGAUAGUGCCUCUAUAUUCUGUUUUGCCUUCCCCCCAACAUAGAAUUGACAACUGGACCCCAGAGCCCAGCAGGCCCUGUACCACACAUGCUAGAUGGUUUGAACAGGUCCCCUGUCAGACUGAGGGGCACUAGAGUGAGUGACCGACAGGAGGGGCUGGCAGCCCGAGGCUUCCUGAGCGGCUUCUCCCAACACAAUGUUCCCAGGUCAAUCGAAGCAGGAAAACAGACUGUACAGCAAAUGCUGUGUGAGAUCUUAGGCCUUUAAUUUUUUUUUUUAAGAAGGAAAAAAAGAAAAGUAAAACUAACAAGCCUCUUUUGUAAAUGGUUUUCCUUUCUAUGUAUAAAAUCCUGGCAGUUUCUUGUUUUUACAUGUUCAUGCUGUGUAAUUUUGAGAUGUUACUGAGAUUCUGAACAUAAUGUGCAUUUUUUUCUGUACAGAUGAAAUGGGAGAAUUUAAUAAAGAGUUUGCAGGUUUUUACUUGUUAAA